AUGGAAGGUGUCACCGGCCCCCAAGGUCCCCGCGAACUCUUCGACUUCCGCACCCCCUCCUCCAUCGAAGACUGCAAAGUCAUGUCCGACGACGAAAUCGGCGGCCUCUCCACCUCCCACCUCGACUGGAUCGUCGCCCCCCCAGCCGGCUCUGUCCCCGCCUCCCAGCUCCCAUCGCCCAACUCCCCCGGCUACGCCAAAUUCUACGGCAACAUCUCCACCCACCUCCCAGCCGACCGACCAGAUAUCAAACGAACGGGGUAUGCCGCGUUUCGAACACAAGACCGGCCGCGUAAUCUCUUUACCAGAGGACUGUGGGACAUCGAUCCGUACAUCUACCUCGCAUUGCGAGUCAAAUCAGACGGGAGGAGUUACUUUGUCAAUGUGCAGACAGAAUCGAUUGUACCGACGGAUCUACAUCAGCACAGGUUGUUUGUCAAGAAGCCGGGGGAGUGGGAGACGGUGUUGAUCAAGUGGAACAAUUUCGUCAGGACGAACCACGGGUUUGUGGUAGAGCCGCAGACGGAGAUCUUGAGGCAAAAGGUCAAGAGUAUUGGGGUGGGGUUGACGGAUAGGAUACCGGGGCCGUUUGAGCUUUGUAUUGAGAGGAUGUGGGCGACGAAUGACGAGAGCGAUGCGGAUCAGGUGGUGGAUGCUUCUGCUGCCGUUGCUGCGCCGGAACAGGAGGCGCCGGUGGUGGAGACGAAACAGGAGGGGGAUUUGAAGACGAAGAGGGGGGAGAAGGUUGCUUGGGGGAGUCGGUAG